AUGCCCUCGCCCAUCGGAACCGCUUAUCAUGGACAGGCAUCCAUCCGCUCAUCGUGUGAGCGCUGUCGUUUCCAAAAGCUGAAAUACACCGGACCUGUGGGUCCUGAAGGCCACGGUCCAUGCCAGCGAUGUGCCCGGGCCAAAGUCGACUGCGUGUUCGGUCGACGACGGCCAACCAGCCAGAUUAGCGAGUCCAAGCGUCAGUCUGAACCCACCACGAACAACCUUUCCAGAGCGACUCUCCCUAGCCCGCUGACCCCAUCAACGGCGUCCGUUACCCCCGUUGUCACCAUGGCCAAUGGCCCGAGCAUCGAGCCUGCAGCAGACUCGACGAUGUUUGACAUGCGCGGAUGGGAUAGUGUUCAAUUGCAGGAGGUCAUGGACAAAGCCACCAACUUUGCCAACCAUCUCGAUCAUUAUGACAUGCCACCGGCCAAUGGGUUGGAUGAUAUCUUCCUGUUCGACAUCGACACGGAAAAUGCGGCGCCAGGUUCGUCAUCCUCGCAGGCAGUACAGAACCCGCCCGUGAUGCCAGGAAACAUAUGUGGCAACAGUGAUAACAGUGGUCUUGUUCAGUCACUGCUCGCUUUGCUUUCAGAGAUCAAAAUUGAGACAUGGAUCAUUCCGAAUCUCAUGAGCCAGGCAAGGCGGCAGGACCGUCGCUACGCCGGUGUCACUGAUGACCCGAAACGGCCUAUCAGGCGUCUUUGCAAAUUGGUCCUCGAUCAGGCUCUUGGAAUUUGUGAUAAAGUAUUGUUUGGCUCUAUUGUCAGUCCACUCGUGCCAGUGUCGUGGGUUGAGCAGUGGGACAUUGGACUUUGUUGUGGGGCGAGAGUAGAGUACGAUGCCAAAGAGGACGGGAGCAACGAGGUAGGCGAACAUUUUGCCGUUGACUGGGAUGCCUAA